UAGAAUCUAUUGAUUCAAUACAAACUGGGAUUAUAUCAUGUAUUACAAAUAUAAAUUCUAUCGAAGUUAAGGCAUAUUUAUUAUUGGCUUUAUUAGCAACGGCUACGGCAUGGGGGUUGUCAAAAGGAAUAAGCACAGACAAGAUUAGAGGCGAAUCCAACUACAAUGAAGAAAAAACUCAUGCUUUGAUAAAUUGUACAGAUGCACCUUCUUGUGGCUUAACAACAUUUGCUAUGGGUGGUCUUUCUCCAGCAGGAAUCGUUAGAGCAACUACAUUAGUAAAAAAUGGAAUUGAUAAUAACAUAACAGUUUUGGGAAAUCCGAAUUAUGCUAUUGCUGCUCAUGUUGGAAAGGAUUUAUUAUUAUCUGCAAAUGAAGUAAGCAUUUAUAAUCUAAGUGCAAUUGCUGUUAAUGCUUCCUGUAUUGCAACUGAAAAAUUUGCUGGUCCAUCGAUGGCAUCUUAUCCACUUAUAAAUAUGACAAGUUCAGAUAGCAACAUCCAUCUUGGUCCUACUGCAACUAAUAAUAUUUUGGAUUCUCAAGGAUUAUAUGUCUUGUCUAAUACUGGUGCUUUACCGAUUAUUUACGCUAUUGUUUUAUCUGAUCAAUAUUCUAUAAAUCAAAGUUUAGUAGGAUGGCUGAAUAAUACACAAAGAACUAUAAGAAGCAAUAUAGUAACCCUCGUACAAUGCAAUUAUACAGCAAGAAUUGGACUAGUAGAUACUACUCAAAAAAAUAAAUCAUUACAAAGUUCAAUAAAAAAUUUAAAACCUAUUGAUCCUAGAAAUACAAUAGUAUUAAAUGUUCAAAUGACCGGAUUUAAUUAUGAUGCUUUGACAGUAUCUAAUGGGAAUUCUAAUCCAGAUAUUGAUCCUUACAAAUAUGAUGGAAGAAAUAUUUCUGGACUAGAAAUGGAUUUUGCUAAAUAUAUAGCUGCAUCUUCUAUAGUUCUCACGGAUAAAAUAUUAUUAAAUAAAGACCCUCUUUAUUAUUUACAAUAUACCAAUGAUACAUUUUUGAUAAAGUCAUGUAAUGAUAUUCAAGAGAUAUUUGAAAGAAAUAAUACUUGUUCUGGAAUAACAAUGAAUACUUUAAUAUUGCAAGCAUUAACAACAAAAUGGGGAUUGACAAGAUUAUUAUUAAAAGGAAAUUGGAAUACAGAUCAAAAAGAUAUAUUUAUAUCAAAAAUGGACUCUAUUUAUGAAAGAUUAGAAGCUUCGAAGGAUUAUUUUGGAUUAAUUCCUUUGGAUCAGAAAAAUGAAAUUAUUUAA